AUGUUCUCAGCCCUGCCCAUGGCGAUGCAGCGCGCCAUCCGCGUCAGGAACACCUUCAUCGACGAAGUCGACGCAGGAGACGGCGAUGAGCAGCCGACUUUCUUGCCGCGGAGCCGGACACAGCCACUCCCGCUGAGCAUGUCGCAGCAUUGCACCGGCAGCUCCUGCGUCAGGAGUAGCCCGGAGAGGCCAAGCGGAUACUUCGUCGGGGAGCAGGAGCAGGCGGCUCUGGCCAGCCCACACGCUGCUGCAGGCCCCGAGCUGGUGAAACGCACUGUCCGCUGCUGCGUCAAGAACACGUUCAUCGCCGACGUCGAUGAAGACUGCGACGAGGAGCAGCCGCGCCUCCUACCUCGGAGCCGCACGGAGCCUUUCGGGCGGCAGCGCUCGCUGGAGAGCACCGACUGCGGCUCGGACCUGCCGUGCGACGACUCAGACUCUCAGAGCGAUUCGGAGAGCGACGAGGCGGGGGCCGCGUGCUUCUUCGAAGAACCUGCAGACCUGCCGGCACACACGCCGUUCGCGACCGUGACCCCGACGCCCUGGCCCGAGCCCAGGGAGGGGCUGGAGCUGUACUUCUUUCCCGAGCCCGUGGCCGCGCAGGCGCCGCCGCCGGCCGCUCCUGUGGCCUCGUGCGUGGCCCCUCUCCCCGCGCAGCAGACGGCACCCGGGUCCCAGGGCGCGCGGGCGCGGACGUCGAUAAGCGCACGGGACAAGAGCCUGGCUGUCCGACAGGAGGGCGGCGCCUGCCGCGUGGAGUGGAGCGUGGACGCGAAGAAGUUGAGGGGGUCCGAGAAGCAGGCGGUGUCCCCACCGCUGGAGGUGUCGCUGGGCCCAGGCGCGCCUCCCGCCACCUUCAAGCUGAUGCUCUGCCCAAGCGGCGGGGACUCCUUCCGGAAGGCGGGGGGCGUUGGCCAGGUCCAGCUGAAGUGCUGCUCGGAUCUUCCUGAGAGCAGCUGGCCGCUGACCGCGAUCUCCAUCUCCGUGGGCGGAGGGAGGGCGGCGCGGGGGCCGCGAGGCCCGUUCGCGCACAGGUUCGGGUCCAGCUCCGUGUUCAGCGCGCCGAGGGAGCAGGCGGAUUGGGACUUCGGGGCCAGCGUGGAGCCUUCUGCCUCUGUCGUCACCGUCGCCGUGGAGAUGGCCCCGCGUGGAGAGUCCGAGGCCGCUCGUCUUGAGGCCAGCCAGCCUCCGCGGGGGAGCGAGGCGGCCGUGGGGCAGAGGUGCGCGACGCCGCUCGGCAGCCUCGGGCCACCGCCCCGCGCGACCUCGAGGCAAGUCGCAGGUGCCGAGCGGCGGGGGCCCGCCCGCGUGUCCUGCCCCCCGGCGCCGCCGCACGUCGGGCUCUCGAUUGCAAGGCUGGACAGCAGCCCGUCGCACCUCACGCGCCCCGCCCUGCAGCUGCCGCCCGGCGGCGCGAACGGGGUCGCGUUCGCCGCGGGCGCCCAGCAGCGGGCUGCUCGGGCCAUCCGUCGCCUCUCCGAUGUCGGACCCACCGGCCUCGCAGUCGACCUCGCCGUCGGGGCCAAGGCCCUCGCCGCCGCCGCCCCCGCCCGCGUCGUCCGCGGCCGCCGCGGCAACGCGCGACGGAUGAUCUUCUCCGCCCUGCCAAACCUGCCCCCGGCACUGGGCCGCCGCAAGUUGGGGCCGCCCGCGGCCCUGCAAGCCACGAACGAGGCGGACUGCGAGCGCAGGACUCUCACGGGGCUGCUGCGCAAGCGCUUUGGCUCUUCGGCACGCCGCGCCACGCAGACGGCGCGGCGCUGGACAACGGCGCUUCGCGAGUUCUGCUACUCCUUCCGCGCGGGCGUUGGAAGGGGCAAGCGCGCGGGGCUGGCCUGGGCGGCCUCCGAUGGCAACUGUCCCCGGAGCACGCCGCGCGACGCGAAGGGCGCGCGCGCCGCCAUGCCGAGUUCGGGGGCGCCGCCGCGAGCGCGGGAUUCGUUGGUGGCGGUGGAGGCGCGGCUGCGCGCCAGCGAGCGUCUGGCGCCGGAGACCUACAUCAGCGUCGAGGCCGGCAUCAGCAACGUCAGCGGCGCGGCGGCGCCGUCCUGCCUGGACAAUGGGGGCGAUGCGGCUUCGGCGGACGUCGUGGUCAUCGUGGUGGUCCCCGAGAAGGCGGAGGAGGGACGCGACCGGAGCACGCUGCAGCUGGAGAAGGAGGACGUGGAGCUGAUCAAGAAGUACUCCAAGAUGGACACGCCAGUGGUCGUCGUCAUGAACGCUCCGGGCCCUAUGAUAACGAGCACCUGGGACGAGGGCGUGGACGCGAUCCUGAUGACGUGGCUCCCAGGCACCCAGAACGGCGCAGGCAUCGCAAAGGCGUUGUACAAUGACGGGUACGAAGCGUCUGGCCGCUUGCCCUUCACCUUUCCGAAGUGCUCGUCGGAGGCGUGCACGAAGAAGGACGAAUUCGAUGGAAGCAUUCCGCUGGGGGACCAGAUCAAGAACAAGAAGUAUUGGACACUGACAGACAGGGCGCUGGUCGGAUAUCGGUGGUACCAUGCCAACGACAUCGAACCGAACUACCCGUUCGGCUAUGGGCUCUUCGCGUACGGGAGUGGCUCUGUUGAGUACAAGGUAAAGGCCGCGACGCCCAGCAGUGACGGCGCGACCGUGCAAGUCUCGCUUUCACAGGACGGCAAAACGGCUGGCAAGGACGUCCCGCAGCUGUACCUCAAGUUCCCAGACUCGGUGCCCGGCGAGCCAGAGAUCCGCCCCGAGUGGGUCCUCAAGGGGUUUGCGAAGGUCCUGGUGGAGCCAGGAAAGGCCACCGAGGUCACCUUCAACCUGACCAGCAGGGACCUGUCCUACUGGGACGACUCCAAGGGCGCCUCGCAGUGGGUCUGCGCCAGCGGCGAGUUCACGGCCUGCGUCGGCGCCAACGCCCGGGACGCCGUGAAGGACGACCAGGGCCCCGGCUGCGCGAAGUUCACGGCGAAGUGCGACGGCGCCGCGCCGGCCGCAAAGGGGCCUGCGAAGGGUGCCGCGGAGGACGCCGUCCAGAAGGACAGCGCGCUGGAGGAGCUCGAGCUCUUCCCUGCCAGAGGGUCCGUGCCCCGCGCCGCGGCCGGUCCAGCCGCCGUCGCCGCCGCGGCGGUCGCGCUGGCGGCCGCGGCGCUCCAGGUCGUGCGCCGCUCCCGCCGGGCCGCGGGAGGCGCCGCGGCGGCGCCGUCGGGCGAGAGCUCAGACCAGGAGCUCCUGGCCGGCGGCGCCCGCGCCCCCGCGCCGGGCGGCGCCUGA